AUGGAGCAGCCUCAACUUCAGCCCAUUUUCAAGCCGCCGGAAACUCCGACGGAGACGAUGGAGUUCCUCUCCCGGUCGUGGAGUCUCUCUGCUCAUGAAAUCUCUAGAGCUCUAGCUCCGCCGCCGGCGUCAGAGCACCGGGCUACCAACAACCCACCAAAAUGCGCCGUUCAAGUCGCCGCCCAGACCAUACACGAGGACGCCGUCGCCGAGCUGGACGAGCCGCCGGCUCCGGCCGCCUUACUAAGAGACCCCUUCUCGUUUGCUUAUUCCGACACUUCUCAGCUCAUCAUGGAGCGUAUAAUGUCUCAGUCUAUGCAGUACUUGCGCAUGAACAUCAACCACUGCAAGAGCUCUUCGGGCGCCGUGAACGGUGGUGGGAAGACGGUUGGGCGAUGGCUGAAGGAUAGGAGAGAGAAGAAGAAAGAAGAGGCACGGGCCCACAAUGCGCAACUCCACGCGGCCGUAUCAGUGGCUGGGGUGGCGUCGGCCGUUGCUGCCAUUGCGGCUGCUACUGCCGCCGCGUCCGGCGAAGCGGCGGAUAUGGCGGUGGCAUCGGCCGCCACGCUGGUGGCCGCACAGUGCGUGGAGGCGGCUGAGGCAAUGGGGGCCGAGCGGGACCAUCUGGCCUCUGUCGUCAGUUCGGCUGUCAAUGUUCGAUCGCCCGGAGAUAUUAUGACCUUGACGGCUGCUGCUGCUACCGCUUUACGUGGGGCCGCCACAUUAAAGGCAAGAGCAUUGAAGGAUGUGUGGAAUCUAGCUGCCGUGAUCCCGGUUGACAAAGGAAUGGGAGAUGCUAGUAAUGGAAGUUCGAAUGGGAGCUUCAGCGGCGAACUUGUUCCGGAGGAGAAUUUCCUUGGGAUUUGUAGUCGUGAGUUGCUCGCCAGAGGAUGCGAGCUGUUGAAGAAAACGCGCCAGGGUGAUCUGCAUUGGAAGAUAGUGUCUGUCUAUAUUAACAGAGUGGGUCAGGUGAUGCUGAAAAUGAAAAGUCGACAUGUAGCCGGGACAGUCACGAAAACGAAAAAGAAUAUUGUUUUGGAGGUGUUGAAGGAUAUCCCGGCAUGGCCUGGCCGUCACUUGCUUGAGGGCGGUGAGCACCGGCGGUACUUUGCCUUAAAGACCAUUGCACGUGGGGUCGUCGAAUUUGAAUGCAGGAGUCGAAGGGAGUACGAUAUUUGGACACAAGGGGUUUCAAGAUUAAUCACUAUUGCUGCUGAAAGGAAUAACAGACACAGAAUUUGA